UACAUUACUCCGUUAAAAAACUAAUCGAAAUUUGACACAACAAAAUUGAAUUACAACUACAACUUUCAAACGAAAUAACAUUUGGUGAUCAUGGGACAACGAGAUAGCCAAAUGAGACAACAAAAUGGGCUUGAAUUUAAGAUGUUCACCAAAUUUGAUACCAUAUCAAAAUCACUCAAUCUAAAAAUGUAAAUAAUAACCAACGAGACAACACGAAGAGUACGACAAAUUUGUACUCAAAUUCGAAAUGAUCACUUAACUUGAUACUAUAUUCAAUCAAUUCAUCUAAAAAUUCAAACUAUUAAUAUAAAUCUUCAUCGAAUAAAAAAACCAAGAAUUUAUAACUUCAACUACAAAAGUAAGUAAAAAUCCAAAGCUAUUGGUACACAUAAAUAAAUCAAAAUGAAACGUAUAGUCAUUGCGGGCCCCACACAGAAGAUAGAAAGUCAAAUAUAAUGACUUUAUGUGAUGGAUAAUGAUCAUAUUUUUUAUUUUAAUGGACAAAUAAUGAGAAACAAACAGGGACUAAAUCUUGAUUUGGUCGAUAUGGCUGAGCAAAACCCGCCAAAAUCCACUAUCUUCCCACGUGAUCAUUUCACCAGUAUCCAGCCAAUCCAGCCGGCAACAAUUGGUAUCAACGUUAACUUCAAUGAUUUGCACAUAUUAAUCCUGUUCCUAAUCACCGUUAUUAUAUACAAGUUGACGAAAUUAAUGUUUUUUACAAAUCUAAAUUAUAAGUACCAUAUUUGGGAAAGGAGGGACAGCUUAUUUUUGAGCGAGACUUAUUUUACCACCUUGAAGGCUGGUGAAUUCCCCUAAUCUCUUAUUUUCGUCGUCUGCUUCUAUUGUUCAUAAUCAUUUCUAGAGAGAGAAUCGGAAAUACCUUAGAGAGAGAAUUAGAAAUAGAUGGGGAAUUGUCAAGCUGUAGAUGCUGCAGUACUUGAAAAACAACACCCAGGAGGAAAAUUAGAGAGAAUGUACCGGCCAGUAACGGCUAGUGAGGUGAUGAAAAUGAAUCCGGGACAUUAUGUUUCCUUGAUAAUUCCGUUGCCAGUCUCCAGUGAAGUGAAAUCCGAUGAAAAGACUGCACAUUUUACGCGCGUUAAGCUUCUCCGGCCUACUGAUACUUUAGUUCUUGGCCAGGCUUAUCGACUUAUCACCUCACAAGGUUAGUUAAUUGUUCGAGUUUACAUGUGU